CUGUAUAAUGGCACCAAGGCAAUUGGAAAGUCUGGGGGUACCGGGGCUCUGAAAAAUCUAUUGUCGCAGAUUAUAAAAGGUUUUAGGAAGACGUUUAUCAUUUUGGAUGCACUAGACGAAGUUCCUAAGUCCGAGAGGAAGGACCUCUUAUCUUGGCUCACUGAGCUAGUUGCCGGCGGCGAUCCGGGAUCACUUUCCAUUCUCAUAACUAGCCGUCCCGAGGCCGAUAUAGUAAGAUCCGUGGAACCUCUUUCCACUUUUACAAUACCCCUGCAAUCCAAAACAAUCGAUCCAGAUAUCCAAUUUUAUAUCCGGAACUCUCUAGAUAGUAAGGAUGAAUUCCGGGAAUUUACUGAGGAAAUCAAGAGUGAGGUAGAGAAAACACUCGUUACGGGUUCACAGGGAAUGUAAGUUAUGCUCAAAUUUUGAAUCAUCAACUUGCGCUGAUAUAAUGGUGGACAUGUUAAGGUUCAGAUAGGUGGAUUGUCUCUUACGAAUUCUGGAAACAUGUUUGGCACCAGACGACGUAAAAGCCGCGUUGAAGGAAUUG